AUGACAAAAGGAAAUACAAUAUUGAUAGAUGAUAUUAAUACGACUUUUAUAAAAGAUGAAGAAGAAAAAAAAGAAAUGAUCCAAACAAAUGACGGUUCAAGUUCAUCAACACCAUUUUCUUUUAAUGAACCUAACAAAUUAAGUAAUAAAGAAAAAAAGAAAUUAGAAUAUCAAAAAAGACUACAAAAAAAAAAAGAAAAACAACUCAAAAAAGUUCAGAAACUAAUUAUAAAAACACAAUCAGGAUCGUUAAGUUAUUUGAAGAAUAAUAUUGCUAGUUCGUCCGUAUUUAAUAAAUUAGUAGAUCAAAAAAAGGAACAGAACAAAAAUAAUGUUGUAAAUUUAAACAAUAAUGAUAUAAAUGUAAAAACUAAUGACCUAAAUAUCAAUAGUGAUAAUAUAAAUACUACAAAUGAUAUAUAUAAUAAUAGUAAUAAUAAAAAGAAGAAAAAAAAAAAUAAAAUUAAAAAUAUAAAUAAGAAUAAAGCAGACAAUUCUUCUGAAUCGUCACAUGAAGAACAAAAAGGAAAAAGUGAUUUGUACUCUGCCCUAGAAAAUAUAUCAAAAAAAAAACUCAUCAAAAAAUUAAAAAAUAAAAAUAAACAUGAGAAGGAAAUUGAAAAAAAAAAGCUAUUCAAGAAAAUACAAGAAUUCAAAUUAAAUAAUACAGAACAAAAAAAUUUAAUGAUACCAUUUGAUAUAAAAGCGGUACCAAAAAGUACAGAACAUUUAGAUAAACUUCUAAAAACAUACGAAGAAUUAAAUAUUGAAUUACCACAUUAUUUAAACAUAAUCAAAAAGAAGAUAGAGAAAAAAAGGAAACGAUUUCUUGACAAAAUUGAAUACCUAAAGGAAGAACAAAAUGUACAACUAACCGAAAGUAUUAAAAGUGAAGAAGUAGAUGGUGAUGUAAAAAAAAAAAAUAAAAUUAAUAGUCCUAAACAAGAGUCAGAAAGUUAUAUAGAAACAAAUAGUAUCAAUGAAACGUAUACGGAUCAAUGUAAUAUUAUUUUAAAAUCAGAAUCUAGUGAUGAGGACUAUAACAAAAUGAACCCUCAUGGUUCUUACGAUGACAGUGACAUGGAUCAUGAGAAUAUUUCCUCAUAUCACAACAGUACAAAGGAAAAAGAAAAUGAUCUAAAUAAUAACAACAACAACAAUAAUAAUAAUAAUAAUAAUAAUAAUGCAUAUAAUAAGUAUAAAAGAGAAGUGUGUUAUAAAAAUGUACAGGUGAACCGAAAAGAACAUAUUGAUAAAGUUAGGGCAUCUCUUCCAGUACUAGAUUAUGAACAAGAACUUAUAGAAGCUGUCUUAAAUUAUGAUGUAGUUUUUGUUAAUGGAGAUACUGGUUGUGGUAAAUCAACCCAAGUACCUCAAUUUUUAUAUGAAUAUGGUUUUACAUCAAAUAAUUAUUUUAUUGGUAUUACUCAACCAAGAAAAAUAGCUGUAAAAAGUAUUUGUAAUAGAUUAAACGAUGAACUAAAUGAAGAAAUAUGUGGUUAUCAAAUUAGGUUUGAAAAAUCGUAUUUUUUAAAACAUAGUAAAAUUAAAGUUAUGACAGAAGGAAUUUUAUUGAAAGAAAUUAUGAGCGAUUUUAUUUUAUCAAAAUAUAGUGUUAUCAUUCUUGAUGAAGCACAUGAAAGAAGUAUAAAUAUGGAUAUAAUUCUAGGAAUUUUGUCAAUAAUUUGUAGGAUUAGAAACGAUAAUUAUCAUAAUUUUAAAUCAGAUAUUAUUCCUAUAAAAAUUAUAAUAAUGUCUGCAACUAUUAAUGAUAAUAAUCUUUUUAAAAAUAAAAUUUUCCAAAAUUUUACUACUGUAAAUAUUCCAACACAAAAGGUACCCGUUGUAGAUCACUUCCUUUCCUAUACACCCAAAGAUUAUGUUGAAGAAGCAAAAAGAAAAAUUAUUCAGAUACAUAAAAAACUUCCACAGGGAAGUAUUUUAGUUUUCUUAACAAGCCAAGAAGAAAUAUAUCGUCUCUAUAAUAUGUUAUCAAAUUUAAAAAUAACUAAUUCGGAGUUCGACCAACAAGGGGAAAACAAAAUUAUGGAUGAAGUCAAUUUUGACAUAUUUGAUUUAAGUGAAGGAGAGCAAAAUAAGAAUGAAAAGGUCAGUUUGUUUUUUAGAGAAACAGAUGAAAAGGAAGAGAAGAAAAUUUUGUUUGACGUAUCGGAGGAAGAGAAUAGUGUGCAAAGUGAUUAUAUAAAGGAAGGAGAUAUAAAUGAAAGUGAUAUAAAGGAUAGCCAUAUAAAAGAAAGCGAUAUAAAGGAUAGCCAUAUAAAAGAAAAUGAUAUAAAGGAUAGCCAUAUAAAAGAAAAUGAUAAUGAUGUAUAUGAUAAAGAACCAGAUGAUGACAACCAUAUGGAUGAUGACAACCAUAUGGAUGAUGACAACCAUAUGGAUGAUGACAACAAUAUGGAUGAUGACAACCAUAUGGAUGAUGACAACAAUAUGGAUGAUGACAACAAUAUGGAUGAUGACAACCAUAUGGAUGAUGAACCAAAAAAUAAUAUAAAUACAUACGAAUUAAAUAAUAAUAGAAAAAAACAAUCAAGCAUAUGGAAAGGAAGCGAUGGUUCAGGUACCCUAAAAAUUUUUAAACUUUAUUCAAAAUUACCAAUGAAAGAUCAAAUGGAAUUAUUUCAUAACCCGAAAGAAAAUGAACGUAUAUGUAUUUUAAGUACAAAUAUUGCUGAAACAUCACUUACAUUACCAAAUAUACGCUAUGUAAUUGAUUGUGGUAAAGAAAAAAGAAAAAUAUAUUCUAAUUUGAAUGAUUAUUCUUAUUAUAUUAUUGAUAAUAUUAGUAAAUGCUCAGCUAUACAAAGAAAAGGUAGAGCUGGUAGAAUUUUAUAUUUAUUAAAAAAGAAUAAAAAGAAUAAAAAAAAAAUGGAAAAUGAAAAAGGACAUGUAUAUAAAUUAUAUUCAUCUAAUUAUUAUAACUAUUUUUUUAAAAAUGAUAAUGAUUAUCCAAUAUUAAAUUAUCCUCUUGAUUCAUUAAUAUUAUAUUUAUUAAGUUUUAAUAUAAAAAAUGUUGAGAAUUUCCCUUUUAUUAAUAAACCGGAUAAAUCCAAAUUUAUUGAAGCAAAAAAAAGAUUAAUAUAUCUUAAUUGUAUUCAUUUUGUAUAUAAAGAUAUUGAAUUCCUUUUUAAACAAAUUGAUCAAAAAAGAUGUUUAAAAAGUAGUAUAGAAAAUCACAUAAAAAAAUUUAAUCCAUAUAAUAAAAAAGCAGGAAUAACAUUAACAGGAAGUUUUAUAUUAUUAUUACCAAUAAGUACCAGAUAUGCUAAAAUAUUAACAGAUGUCUGCUUAAAAUCAUUAGCUAUGAAACAACCUAAUACCAUACCUCUAGCAGCAUUAUUAGUAUCCUGUUUAUACCUUGAAUCCAUUUUUUCAUAUGAUUAUAAACUUAAAAUGAAAUAUACAAAAAAAAAAGUAAAGAAAGAUAAAAAUGUAAAUAUGACAUUUCAUCAGAAUAAAGAACAAAACAAACAAAAAAAUCAUAACAACUUGAUAAACUUAUUUUUAGUAAACAAAAAAAAGCAAAAACAUACAUAUACAUCUAGCGAUGAUGAUGAUAAUAAUACUUUGUCAAGUUCAAAUAAUGAUAUGUCUGAAGAACAUAUACAUCAUAUUAAAAAUAACAUCAAUGUUGAUGUACUAGAAAAUUUUAAAGAACAAUUUGAUAAUGAUAUACUUUUUUAUUUAAAUAUUUGUACAAAAUUUUAUUUUUCAAAGGACAGAAAUGCAACUUGUCAAAUUAUGCAUCUUGAUAAAAAAAAAAUGAAUGAAUUGUUAAAAUUAUCAAAUCAUCUAAUCAAAAUUAUAAAUUAUAAAUUAAAUACAAAUAUUUCUUUAGACAUGUUACAAGAAAAUAUUUCGGAUAUCUCCAAAAAUAUUAUUCAUUAUGCAGUUAUACAAGGAUUCAUUGAUCAUCUAGCAAUCCGUUCAGAUCUUGUUCAUAAUCAAUAUACAAGAAAUCAAAAUAUUACAUAUAAUAGUAAAAAAGCAUAUAUAACACAAAAUAUGAACAUGCCCAUAUAUAUAAAUUCAAGCUCUGUAUUAUAUCAAAACAGACCGUAUCCUAAAUACAUCCUGUACAACUACAUUACGAAAAACAGAAACUCCUAUGUUAUGUUUGACUGCUUGAAAAUUGACGAUUCAGAAUUAGGAAAUAUCACAAAUGUUUGUAUCUUUAUAAAUGAAUAUGAAAAAAUCCCUCCAGCAAAAUAUGAUAAAGAUAAUGAUAAAAUUAUAGUGUAUGUAAAACCAUUAUAUCUACCUUCAUCGCAUUACUUAUCCAUAACAGAUAAAGAAUUAAAUGAAAAAGAUUUGCUUUUUUAUAAUUAUUUUGCAUUAUUUUUAUUAGAUGGAUCCAUGUUUUUAAAAAUGACAAAAUUCCAAAUGUAUUAUUCACAUACGACCUACGAUAUAAUUAAUUCGGCGCAAGAAAAUAUUAAAAACUUUAUUGAAGCCUUAAAAAACGCCCAAAUAAAUAAUAGAUCUUCCUUAAUAGCCAAGUGGAAGGAGGAUAGAGACUUUCUUAAGAACGAAUUUUUAUCGUUGGUUGCAAAAAAAUUUAAUAAAAAUCAAAAUGAUUUUUUUAAUAAUAUUUGGCCACCCUUGGAUUAA